UAGUAUGACGGCACGGGAGCGUGGUACGUAUCCCACAAGCCAUUCCACAUGUGACGCGAUCUCCAAGUAGUGUGGGAACUAUGAAGUCCGCAAACUGACCUGCGAAAACCCCGUUUUCCCACGUCUCAUCCAUCACAGAAGGCAAGAAACGCAAAACCCUCGACACGACCCAAUCCACGCUCGACAGCUUCGCUUCCCGCAGCAGCAGCACCCUCAAUCCAAACCACAACGGGGGCGGAAGCGGCAGUGGGAAGAAACUGAAACUGGGACAUAACCAGCAGCAAAAGGGGAAUUUAACCAUAACCGCAAAAGACGGCGCGGCGCAGAUGGAUAAAGGGAAGGGGAAGGAACCGGCGUACUGCGUUGCUGCGGAUGGGGGUGGUGCCGCUGCCGGGGCUACGGGGACUCGGCCGGGGCUGGCGAAGCGGGAUGCGCCGAAGAAGUUGGUGAUCAAGGCGUUUAAAGUCAAACCAAAACUCCCCGAAAACUACGUCGCAAACACCUGGUCACGUCUCGAACAAGCCGUGCGCGCCAUCCACUCCCAGCAGUCAAUUCCGGAUAGUCUGGAGGAACUGUAUCAGGCGUGUGAGAAUCUGUGUUAUCAUAAGAAGGCGGAUGAGCUGUAUGGGAAUCUGAGGGCGUUGUGUGAUGGGCAUGCUCAGGCGGAGUUGAGGAGGAUCGGGGAGAGCACAAGUUCGACUGCGUCUAUCUUACACGUUGUGAACGACUCGUGGGUCACGUACUGUCGGCAGAUGAUCUUGAUUCGAAGCAUAUUUCUCUAUCUGGAUCGCACAUAUGUCCUGCACACCUCUGGCUUACGGUCGCUGUGGGAUAUGGCCUUAGAACUGUACCGGCAAAGGAUAUUAGACGACUCGCAUCCGUUGAAAUCACGCUUGGUACACGCUCUUUUAGCGGAGAUUGAGCGAGAGAGAAAUGGGGAACAAAUCGACCGCAACCUCCUCCGUUCCCUCCUCCGUAUGUUCAUGGACCUCUCGAUCUACUACUCAAGCUUCGACACCGUGUUCCGAGAUGCCAGUGAAAAAUACUACCAGCGCGAAGGAGGGCGGCUGGUAUCGGAACUCGAGGACCAGCCGGCAGGCGGACCCGCUGUGGGGCGGUACUUGCAGCAUGUAGGAGCAAGAUUGGCGCAGGAGGUGGAGCGGUGUACGGCGGGCGUGGGAUAUCUCGAUUUGGGAAGCCGGAAGGGGCUUUUGGCGAUUGUGGAGAAUAUGCUGGUUCGGAAACAUGUGAAGGCGUUGUUGGAUAACGGGCUGGACGAAUUGAUGGACUCAUCAAGUAUAAAAGAGUUGGGCCAGCUGUAUAGUCUGUUCUCCCGUGUUGGAGCGUUGGACCAGCUGCGGACGGCUUUCGUCUCCUAUCUGAGGAAAACCGGCCAAAAAAUCGUCACAUCUCAAGACGAAGUCAACAUGGUCGACGACCUCCUCGCCUUCCGCGACCGCGUAAUCGACAUCAUCAAAGAAUCCUUUGCGUCCAGCGACACGAUGCACAACGCCAUGAAGGAGGCGUUUGAAUUCUUCAUCAACCAGCGGCAGAACAGGCCUGCUGAGCUGGUUGCUAAAUGGAUCGACGCUAAGCUGAAGACGAGCAAGGGCGUGACGGAUGAGGAUUUGGAGGCGCAGUUGGAUAAGUCGCUUUUGUUGUUUAGAUACAUCCAAGGAAAGGAUAUCUUCGAGGCGUUUUACAAGAAGGACCUUGCAAAACGUCUCCUUUUGCAAAAGAGUACCAGCGUGGACGCUGAGAAGAGUAUGCUCAGCAAGCUCAAAAUCGAAUGCGGUCCGGGUUUCACAUCGAAGCUCGAAGGAAUGUUCAAAGACAUCGAAAUAUCAAAGGACUACAUGACGAGCUUCCGGGAGUCAGCAAAGUAUACCACCCAACUGGGCAACAUUGAUUUCUCGGUCAACGUCCUGACACAUGGGUACUGGCCAACAUAUACGCCUGUGCCAUGCCUUGUUCCUCCGGAGAUAGAGCAAUGUCAGAAAGUGUUCUUGGAGUUCUACGAGAGCAAGCAUAAGGGACGACGGUUAACGUGGCAGAGUCUGCUGGGAUCUGGGAUUUUGCGAUGCGAGUUCAAGAAGGGCAAGAAGGAGUUAUCGGUCUCUCUCUUUCAAGCAAUGGUUAUCCUACUCUUCAACGACUACGAACGUCUCACCUAUGCCGACAUCGUCAAGCUAACCGGCCUCGACGACAAAGAAGUCACCCGAACCCUCCAAUCCCUCAGCCUCGGCAAACUCCGCAUCCUGAACAUCGACCAAAGCGCCUCGUCCCCCACAUCCGCCGCCUCGCCGCGCACCCCCACAAAAGCCAAAACAAAAGACCUGCACUCCGACGACGCCUUCACGGUCAACGACAACUUUGACAACCCGCUGUACCGCAUCAAGAUCAACCAGAUUCAGAUGAAGGAGACGGUCGAGGAGAGGGAUAAGACGGAGGAGGGCGUGUUUCAGGAUAGGCAGUAUAGUGUGGAUGCGGCGGUGGUGAGGAUUAUGAAAAGUAGGAAGAGGUUGAAGCAUAGUCAGUUGAUUGCGGAGCUGGGGAGUGCUUUGAAGUUUACUGCUAAGCCGGCGGACCUGAAAAAACGCAUAGAGAGCCUGAUUGACCGGGAAUACCUGGAACGAGACGCCAAGGAUUCCGAUGUAUAUGUGUACCUGGCGUGAGAAAUGCUGUUCGCGUUGAACCUGCUCCCCUUCGCCGCACUAGUGUACCUAGCUAGCUCGCCUAGAUGUUUUCCGUAUACCAUCCCGGUUUUUGUUUUCAUGGGGCGCCACAGGCACGUUUUUUGUGCUUCCUUUCAUAUGGAAUAUAAUACUGGUGCCUUUGGAGGGUUGUAUAUACCCUAGCAUAUUUGAGCA